UUGAAGGAAUCUUCUUUGUGCUGGAUGGGAUUUUGCAUCGCAAUCUGAUUUUUUAUUUUUCAUCUAAAACUAAAUUGAGUCGUCAAGCCUUGGUAGAAAACAAUUUUAUGAUGAUAUGAAAAAGGAAUCAAAUGCUUCUGCAAAAGUUUCAGGAUCUUAAAACAGCCAACACUUUCUGAACCCUAAACAGAGAAAACAGUCACCGUCACUACAGUGAAGCUUCCACAUCUGCCAAUCCGAGCUGGAUUUGGAUUUGAAAACAAACUACACAAUACAAAAAGGGGAUCUUUACUGGAUUAUUACUAUUACCACUGUCGGAUUCCCAGCUGCAACUUUAAAGUAAAUUCAAAGCGAAGUGCAGAGAUCAGAUAUAAAGCCGGCGUUUGAUGACGUCACAGCCAAUCGAGCCGCCUUUUCCAGCACAGAAUGGAGAGUCUAGAUGAGCUGGAGCACCCCCUGCUGGGCGGCAGCCCCAAGCACUGUGGUAGCAGCAGCAGCAGCACUGGAGGCAGCGGGCUGUUAAGGGGCAUCUUGGUGAGAUGUGAAGAGGAGAAGACACUGCCCCCUCUGGCCUGGAGGAGUUACUGUGCCCCGCCAGAGCUUCCCCAACAGCAGCUCUUGGAUCCAUGUUCUCUGCCCAGCACACUUGAAUCCUUCUACACCCCUGCCCCAUUAUGGGGCCACACUGAUUCCCUGGGUCUGCACAGCAAGGACUACCUGGAAACAACCUUUGUGGACCUUGGUCCUGGGUCCCCGCUUGAGAGGAAGUUUCUCAGGGAGGUGAGAGACGUACACAGUGUGUCCUACAGUAUGGAUGAUGAGGACGACCUGCUGCCAGAUUAUGAGGAUUCUUCGAGUGACGAUUUCAGUGACACUGACAGCGAAAGUAACUUCUCGCUGAUGAUUCCUCAAGAUUACCUGGGGCUGGCUUUCUUUUCCAUGCUCUGCUGCUUCUGGCCUCUGGGGAUCGCUGCUUUCUACCUUUCUCAAAAGACCAACAAAGCCUCAGCUCAGGGGGAUUUCCAGAGAGCCAACGCGGCCUCUCGCCAGGCACUCUGGCUCUCUGUGCUGUCCAUCAUCUUUGGCAUUGUUACAUACGUGUGUGCCAUCGCUGCCCUCAUCUCCUACUUGUCUGGUAAACCACCCUAACGGAUCGCUUUAAGAUUACUCUCACCCUUUCUCCUUUUACAUGCACACACAAUGCCCCUCUCAACCCAUCCAAACCCUUCGGAACCCUCCACCAUUCACUCAAGACUCACCUGGACUGGGUCUGGAACAGAAAACGUUGGACUCCUGAAAAAUCAUGCAGUUGGCUGGACGUUGUUUCAGAUUGGAUUAUAUUAUAUACACUGGUUUAUGGUUUAAGUAGAGUCUUAAAUGAGACCUAAGGAUGACACUGGAAUGUGAGAAGAAUAAGGUUAAACUGGUCUGUGACAACAUUGCGCAUCAUAUUUGUUCCAACAGAAUCAUAGUGAUAAUGUCAAUUUUACAGAUAACAAUACUGUGACAAUUACAACAUAAGAAUCCCGUCUGAGCUGUGCAGUUUUGGAGGGGGAACUGUCUCUCUCAGUCACAACUGUAAGUGCCAAGCUGUACCUUGGCAGUGCUGUGUGAGCUGGCAAGGGAAUUUAUUGAUGAGGACUCUGGGUUUGCCGAAGGCCUUGACAAGGACAGAGGACCUGACUGUCGCAAGCGACCUCGCUGUGGAACAGAGAGAUGAGCCAACGGGGCAGAGGCCCCUGGGAGAUCUCACUACAGGAGCAGGGGACUUUCAGCCAGAACA